CGCCUCUCGCAACUCAAGAUGGCGGACGAGAGUGAGACAGCAGUGAAGCCGCCGGCACCUCCGCUGCCGCAGAUGAUGGAAGGGAACGGAAACGGCCAUGAGCACUGCAGCGAUUGCGAGAACGAGGAGGACAACAGCUACAGCCGGGGUGGUUUGAGUCCAGCCAAUGACACUGGAGCCAAAAAGAAGAAAAAGAAACAGAAGAAGAAGAAAGAGAAAGGCAGUGAGACAGACUCAGCCCAGGAUCAGCCCGUGAAGAUGAACUCUUUGCCAGCCGAGAGGAUCCAGGAAAUACAGAAGGCCAUUGAACUCUUCUCAGUGGGUCAGGGGCCUGCCAAAACCAUGGAGGAGGCUAGCAAGCGAAGCUACCAGUUCUGGGACACGCAGCCCGUCCCCAAACUGGGAGAAGUGGUGAACACCCAUGGGCCUGUGGAGCCUGACAAAGACAACAUCCGCCAGGAGCCCUACACCCUGCCCCAGGGCUUCACCUGGGAUGCCCUGGACCUGGGGGACCGUGGUGUGCUGAAAGAGCUCUAUGGCCUCCUGAAUGAGAACUACGUGGAGGACGACGACAAUAUGUUCCGGUUCGACUACUCCCCGGACUUUCUGCUGUGGGCUCUCCGGCCGCCUGGCUGGCUCCCCCAGUGGCACUGCGGGGUUCGAGUGGUCUCAAGUCGGAAACUGGUUGGGUUCAUCAGUGCCAUUCCAGCAAACAUCCACAUCUAUGACACAGAGAAGAAGAUGGUGGAGAUCAAUUUCCUGUGCGUCCACAAGAAGCUGCGCUCCAAGAGGGUGGCUCCAGUCCUGAUCCGGGAAAUAACCCGGCGGGUUCACCUUGAGGGCAUUUUCCAAGCUGUUUACACUGCCGGGGUGGUAUUACCAAAGCCUGUCGGCACCUGCAGGUACUGGCAUCGGUCCCUAAACCCACGGAAGCUGAUUGAAGUGAAGUUCUCCCACCUGAGCAGAAAUAUGACCAUGCAGCGUACCAUGAAGCUCUACCGACUGCCAGAGACGCCCAAGACAGCUGGGCUGCGACCAAUGGAAAAAAAGGACAUUCCAGUAGUACACCAGCUCCUCACCAGGUACCUGAAGCAGUUUCACCUCACGCCAGUCAUGAGCCAGGAGGAGGUGGAGCACUGGUUCUACCCCCAGGAGAACAUCAUCGACACUUUCGUGGUGGAGAAUGCAAAUGGUGAGGUGACAGACUUCCUCAGCUUUUAUACGCUUCCCUCCACCAUCAUGAACCAUCCAACCCACAAGAGUCUAAAGGCUGCUUAUUCUUUCUACAACGUCCACACCCAGACCCCUCUUCUAGACCUCAUGAGCGACGCCCUUGUUCUCGCCAAAAUGAAAGGGUUCGACGUGUUCAAUGCACUGGAUCUCAUGGAGAACAAAACCUUCCUGGAGAAGCUCAAGUUCGGCAUAGGGGAUGGCAACCUGCAGUAUUACCUUUACAAUUGGAAAUGCCCCAGCAUGGGAGCAGAGAAGGUUGGGCUGGUGUUACAGUAAUCGGUUGCCAGUGAGAUUUUGGAUAAAGCCACUGAGAAGUCAAACCAGGAAAUGGAACCCCACCACUUGUUGGUCCUUUUCACAAACGUGAGAAUCCCUGGCACAGGGGACAGAACUGAACCGGCUUUACCAAACCGCCGCUGAACUUGACAAUUGUAUUGCAAUGGCGUAGGCUGCGCGAUGUCACCUCUGGCCGUGUCUCUGGUCUCCCUGUUUUCCAAUUAAUCACAUCCUUCUGCAGCCGUGAUCAAGGGAAUGUAACUGCUGAAAACUAGCUCGUGAUUGGCAUAUUAUGGAGUUAACGGGUGAAUAAUAAAAGUAUAUAUAUAUAUAUAUAUUAUAUAUAUAUAAAUAUUUUAAAUAUCUUUCAUGUUCCAAAUGUACAAGGAUGUUCGGUCUCUAAUGAAAACUGAAUCCAGAUCCUUCAUCAGAUUUAGAAUCCAAGGACAGUGGCAAACACAUAUUGGUACAGUGAACUGUUUUGUUCUGAAAGCAGGCAUUGGCGUUUCUUGGGGGAGCAGAAGAAAGAGGAUGUGGGGAAUCUUUUCCAGUCCCCCUUCUGGAUGGGCCGAAAUGAUUCGCUUUGAGAAGGCAGGAAAAGGUGGAGGGACGGUGCAGAGCCUUGGGUGGGCUCGGAGCUCGCAGAACCACAGGUGGCGUCCUGGGUGGGACCCUACUCUGGCCGUUCCAUAUAGGCCGGGCCUUUCCCACAUCCUGUCACUGGGCAGCAGGGACUGUCUGCGGAAGCAGAGUUCAUUUAUGGGGUCCCUUCUCCCAUCCUCGCCUUGCUCCUUGUGGGAAGUCGUCCUGCCAACUGAUUUUAAGGGGCUCUUUCGCCUGCUGUUGUUGCCAACCUUACAGGGAUGAGUCCCUCGCAACAUUGUUUUUCCACUGCCUGGGUGACUGGUAGUUUGAAGGAGACCUUUGACCUCCUUGUAGCAUCUGGGACCUUGUGGAGAACCGGACCAGUGCAAUCCCUGCUGAGCUCAUCCUAGAGAGGGCAAAGAGCCGGCACCCAGAAAGCCCUGGGGUGGCUGGCCGAGGAUGGCGUGGGGACGACAUCCAGACCCCUUCAGCCGCCAGCCCCUGGCCUGUGCCUUCCGAUCCGUUGGCUAUCUCUUGUGCUUCUUUCCAAGACGCGCAGUCUGCGAGUGGUUGCAGGGAGCGGUGGCCAGACACUGGUCUGGAUUUGACGACCGAAAUGAUGGCGUGUUGCCGUGGUUUGAGUCUGAUUUUCGCUGAUGAGGUUUUGUGGAUUUUUGUGGUGAUGGUGAUGGUUAUUGAUGCUGCCAGUCUCCCCAGAAGUGACGGAGCCUCGGAUCACGUGGCUGUCCGUGUAGGCCUUCCUCCGCUGUGCUCAGCCAAGUAGCUUGGGGAGGAUCAGGCCUUGGAAUUGCCAGAAAGCCCUAUGCAGGUGUGUACAGAACGUUGCUCGAGGAGACGGUAAACGGGAGAAGAGCGGGGUGUGCACGUGGGCCGGUUUCCUGGCCGCCUUCACCCGCUUGCAGGGGGAGGAAGCUUCGGCCAGGCGGCCAGGUUUCGCCAGUUCCCACUAACUGAAGCCCUGCUCUGCAGGCUGACAGAGCAGAGUUUCGGGCUUCGGGUUGGCCAGAGGCUACUUGUGCAGAGUCCCCAGAGCUGGAGCAAAGUGCUUGGGCCGGACUCUGUAGACUGCUGCUGGAGCCUGCGGCCCCAUUGUCCUCCAUUAUCAUCGGCGGCCACUAGGGGCGUCCCUUCUCCCCAUUGUCCCCGUGCUCCAGCGAUCCCAGCUGACUUUUGACUCCUUGACUCCAAGAUACCCAGACCAAAGAAGCUGCUGUUCUUAGCAAGAUGUGCACUGCAUUCCACAGACGGGAGGAGCCGGAGAGACAGGGCUUGCCUUUACAGCCUUGCUGACAUCGGACACCCUGCGCCCCAAAUUCCCAGAGCAGCUUACCCUGUGCACACGUCUGAGGAUAUCAAAGAACGAAGUGCCGGACUCUCUCCUUCCUUGGACGAGACCUGGAACUUGGAAAGGCUUCCUGUCGUAGGCUCGGUCAGCUCUGGGCCUGGGCCUUGGCCAAACUGCCGCUGAGAUUGGGACUGCACCGGAGUGAGCUUAGCCUCGGUUGACCAGGUCACAGAUGGAAACCGUGAGUCCGAGCCUGCUCUAGAAGAAGCAUCUCCUGGAAAGGCCCCCAUGUCUCCCUCCAAGACCGUGUGUCCUGCUCCCCGGACUCUGCUGUCAUGUCACGUAGGGACCCCGUCUAGCCCUCGGCACUGUCUCCCCGGCCUGCAGGAGUCAGCUUGAUGCCUGCUUAGUCUCCUUUUUGUCCAAACAGUUCCCAGGUUCUUCACUCCACCCUUGCCAGGACUUCAGGUCAGGGAGCGCAGAGAGAACCAUUGCUUGGGGUUCAGGGCCUCCCCACAAGGAGCCCCACAGGAUGGUGGAGCUGUGGCUGGCAUGGACCAGACAAGGGAAUGACCCCAAGGCCUCCAAGCUCUUCACCUGGGACCUGACUCCGGCAACUGUGGUUGGAGGGCCUCCCGGGCAUGGCCCCCACCACCCCCUGCCCCCAGUACUCCUUGUUGGCACCGCUGGGCUGUUGGACUCCAUGUUUCCACACGUGUACCUCCUGCCUUUGGAUUGACUACAUUUGACCCCUUGGCACAUUCCCACGGCCUCUGAUCUCCGUGUGGGGAGAGAGCUGGGUAGAAAGGAGGCCUCAGCUCUGGGUGGAGGUAUGUGUAGGGCUCACCCCCCCACCCAGUGCCUACUCUCAAAGACUCUGACGUCUGUUUUGAAGGCUGGCCCACACCAAGCCACCUCAGCACCCAGUUUAUGGGAAAUUCAGGCCUUGCCUGCAACUCUCAUCUAACUGCCGUUAACCCCCUUCCUUGCCGGCUCACUGAAGCCCAGGUGUGGGGGUCCCUGUGGUCUGAAUUCUUUGCCCAAAGAUGACCAGCAUUUAACCAACUGAAAGGAUAGCCCAAAGGCCUGGGUAGCUUCACGAAGCUGCCAUCUGGGAGAGGGUAAGGACCCGACUGUCAGGCCAGGGGUCGGGGAUGAGCACAUCCCUGGCCAGUGCCUACCCAGCCAGGGGGCAGCCUUCUUGUGGCCUGACCAACCUGCCCCAGAACCAGAGGAGAACAAGUCAGCUUUGGUUUUGCCCUGCUGCUGAGUGAAGGCAGGCCCACCAACAGGCUGUCCCCUGGGAGGUUGUGUGGGACAGUCUUUCAGUUCAAAGAUACUGACUCCAGGCAAGGUGGGCCAAACGUGGGAACAGAGAAGGGGGAAGCUUCACUUUUGUCUGGGCUUGUUCCUGGGCUGUGGGAGGGGCAUCCAUUUCCAGGGUGGGGGAGGAAGCACCAAAUGCAUUGUAGUUCCACUGGUUACAUCUCACUUGUUUCUAAUAAAGGAAGCAGCUGAACCAAA